UUAGAGUUGGAUGUUGGUGUUGGGCUGGCAGUACUGUACCUCGCAAAAGUACGUACCUGUGCUGGGAUGAGUUCCAGCUCCGUAAUUGCAUCGCCAUCCCCAGCUUCCCCUUCUUGGCCAGGCCUACAUUGACUUGCCUAAAUUGCACAACACCAUCCGCCACUACAUCCAUACACUUCUACCAUGCCCUUCUUCCAUCCCCGCCGAGUGGCUAUACUGCUGCUAGCGGCCGUUGUAUUCGUCGUAGCGGAGAAACAUGCAUCCUCGAUUGCAUCAAUGAGCGUGCCUGAAAUCGAGGGCAAGCUUCAGGUACCUCUACCUUUCCUUCCUGGCCCUGCAUAGUUCGGACGAUGACGAUCGCCCCAAGCUUAAAGCCAAAGCUUCAAACAUCGCGAUUUACUCGUAUGCACUUCAUUGACACAUCAUGAUAGGAGUGUAAACUUGUACAAGAUCUCAAUGCCCAUAAAAUCGCAACCUCUCCGCAGACGUCGAGUUUGACAUCGCGCAUUUUCGCCGUUUUAUUUCCCGGCACGCCAGCUGUCAAUGCCCUCCUCGCAACGCUCUACAUUUCUGGCCCUCCAAACUUCCUCCUCGCAUUAUGUCCUCCCAAUAUCGAUCCCUCGUCUCUCUCGGUGAUGGUUGCGUUCGCGGUGGGUGGAUUAUUGGGUGAUACAUUAUUCCAUCUACUGCCCGAGAUUUUCUUGGGCGAGGAUAGUCCUGAACAUGUACGAUUCGUCUUGGUAGAACCCAACCGGAAUCUGCUACUUGGUGUUGCGAUUAUGGUUGGAUUUGUGACUUUCGUUGCCAUGGAUAAGGGACUGCGGAUUGCUACUGGAGGAGAGGGCGGUCAUGAUCAUAGCCAUUCGCAUGGAAAUGGGGCUGCUGAAGGAACCUCGACUGCUUUGGAAACUCCUGCGAAGAAUACACGAUCUCGAAAGGGGAACGGGAAAGCAGAUAAGGUUGCGAAGAAGGAGGAAGAUGAGAAGGAGAUUAAUGCUAGUGUGAAAUUGGCAGGAUAUCUCAAUCUGAUGUUAGAUUUCCGUGUCGCUCACUUCCAGGAAUACAAGCUAAUCCUUUCUCAGCGCCGAUUUCACACACAACAUCACUGAUGGUCUUGCCAUGUCUUCUUCUUUCUACGCUUCCCCAACUAUAGGCGCAACAACCACCGUCGCAGUCUUCUUCCAUGAAAUCCCCCACGAAGUAGGAGACUUUGCCCUACUAAUCCAAUCGGGGUUUUCCAAACGACAAGCAAUGGGAGCCCAGUUUCUUACAGCAUUUGGAGCUCUUCUAGGCACAGUGAUAGGUAUCGCGGUUCAGGAAUACGGCGGAAGCGGUGGCGAAGGUGCUAAUGGACGAUUCGAGGGACUGAUGGGCACGAGUUUGAGCUGGGGUGCUAUGUUGCUUCCUUUCACUGCAGGAACCUUCCUCUAUGUUGGAACUGUGGCAGUGAUUCCGGAAUUGCUUGAGACCGGGAAGGAUAGGAGAGUGGAAUUGAUGAAGACGGCUAAGCAAUUUGCUGCCAUGGCUACUGGUGCUGGAAUUAUGCUUUAGUAAGUUUUUGUUCUCUUGCUGAUUUUUGUUGACUGCUAAUAAAUGAUGUAGCAUUUCAUGGUCUUAGAUCUUUGAUAAACGUGCGAGGUAUGAACAAUAGAAUAAGUCUUAUUUGGUUACCUAGGUAGUGUAUGCCGUAUUUCUCUGGUUGAUACAUUUACUACGGAGUUUUAAUAGAUAUCGCACUCAUUUCCAUUCCAGAGUACGAGAUUCAGAGAUACAACUUAUCAAUGGACGUUUUUAUGUUGGUCCCUCAUCAUCUUUUUAUUCGCAAAACCUACAAGUUGAUCUGCACACAAAUUCCUAUCCCUCUCGACCUCGGCAACAACAUCAAAUAGCUCCAAUGGCUCCAUAUGACGAACUCUUCUCCACAACUCUUUUCAUUUUCUUCCGCUGCCAAGUCAAUAAAUGGUUUUCGCCUCUUAUGGAGAUCUUCCGUCGCAAGUGCCACCGUUCAUUUCCACGUGCCAUACAAGCAACCUUACUUUUUGGCGCACCAGUAAGAUCCAAACACCAUACGCGGGGAACUCGUGGAAGCAAACCACUUUCCCACUUCCUCUCCCGUAAUUAAAGCUUAAGCUACCCUUUCAAUAGAUCAGACGCUAAACGAAACGCGGGGUUGGAUGGAUCCGGAAAAAUUCCUGGCCCGAGGUGAAGAAGGUGGUCGAAUAGGCUAAUGUGUCAAGGCACCUCACCUGACCUUUUGCGACUCCAGUUUUUUCUUCUUCUUUCCUUUGUUCUUUUUCAGGGGCAAAUGAUGGGGUUGUGGUUGUGCAGACGAUUGCGGGGAGUGAACCCGUAUAUGGAUACCUACUAGGGUGCUAUUGUUGAUUUUUUCGCGGAUCGACAGUCAUGGAGGUGUGUAUUUCCCCCCCGCAAUACACUUUCGUCCAGGUGGGACGAAAUGGGGUUUUCUGGGGAAGGUGGUCUUUAUUGGAGGAUAAUAUGUGUACCUGAGUAGGCUGGGAGGUUAUUGGUGAGGUAUGAGGGUAGGUUAAAAGGGAGUGAUGGGCCAGUUUUCUUUUUUUUUUGUCUUUUUAUUUGUGUUUUUGUUGAUUCAUUUUACUGAGGUUUUUCCUGAUUGAUCUUUUCCAAUAAUUGGAUUCUUGCUUUUGGGUUUUUUCUUCAAGAUGUUUGGACGAUCCAACCGAGCCUUCUUGGGCUGUGUUGCUCUCGCUUGUUUGGAGCUUGUCGCUGCGGGGCCUUGCGAUCUUUAUUCGUCGGGUGGAACGCCUUGUUAUGCUGCUCAUAGUACUACUAGGGCUUUGUAUAAGUAGGUCAUCUCUAGGUCUCUUAUCUUCCUUUUGCUUGUUUGUGAGAAGCGAGAGCCCAUAAUCUCAUCAAAACAACCACCUACCAUCCCAUCUACCAUACCUCAACCUCCCUCAGCCUCCCUUAACCCCCCAAUCCCUAAUUUCAACUAACAAACCAACCCCCCCAGCUCCUUCUCCGGCGCCCUCUACCAAGUAAAACGCGGCUCCGACAACACCACCACCACCAUCGCCCCCCGCUCCGCCGGCGGCGUCGCCAACGCCGCCGCCCAGGACUCCUUCUGCGCCGGCACCACCUGUCUGAUCACCAUCAUCUACGACCAAUCCGGCAAAGGGAAUCAUCUUACCCAAGCUCCCGUGGGGGCCUUCCGAGGCCCCGAGACGAAUGGGUAUGAUAAUCUCGCUAGUGCGACGGGCGCCCCCGUCACGUUGAAUGGGCAGAAGGCGUAUGGGGUUUUUGUAUCUCCUGGUACGGGGUAUCGGAAUAAUGCUGUUAAUGGGGCGAUUGUUGGGGGUGAGUUUUUCUUCAGGAAGAGGAGGGAGAGAGAGGAUGGGGAUGGGGAUGGGAAGUGCUGAUUGUGUAUAGAUGCGGCGGAGGGGAUGUAUGCUGUUCUUGAUGGGACGCAUUAUAAUGGUAUGUCCCGUGGCUAAGCGAGGUUUUUCAUGGUGAGGAUUUGAAGAGCUGAUUGUGGGUAGAUGGUUGCUGUUUUGACUACGGCAAUGCCGAGACGAAUAGUCGUGAUACGGGGAAUGGACAUAUGGAAGCUAUUUACUUUGGGGAUAAUCGCGUUUGGGGCACUGGAGCUGGGAAUGGUCCUUGGGUACGUUACUUCCUCUUUACCAUGAAAACCCCCCUUUCACCUUCCUCGUAAUAUAAACACAGAAGAGGAUACUAACUCCCAACCCUCCACCAGGUCAUGGCCGACCUCGAAAACGGCCUCUUCUCCGGCGUCACCACCGGUUACAACGCAGGUAGUCCGACCAUCACCUCCCGCUUCCUCACCGCAAUCGUGAAAGGCGAGCCGAACCACUGGGCCAUCCGCGGUGCGAACGCGGCGUCGGGAUCCAUGUCCACGUAUUAUAGUGGUGUGCGCCCCUCUGCUUCGGGGUACAACCCCAUGAAGAAAGAGGGCGCGCUGAUUCUGGGGAUUGGGGGCGAUAAUAGUGUGGGUGCGCAGGGCACCUUUUAUGAGGGGGUCAUGGUGACGGGGUAUCCGACUGAUGCUGUCGAGGCGCAGGUGCAGGCGAAUAUUGUGGCGGCGAAGUAUGCGACUACUAGUUUGACUAGUGGGCCGGGGUUGACUGUGUAUGUGUUUCCUUUUUCCUUUUUCUUUUUUUUUUGGGAUCUCCCCUUUUCCUUGUCUGUGAUGAGAGGUUAAGCGAGAAGCUGGCUUGCUCUAUCUCUCUCCCCUUCCUGAACCCCAACAAACUAACACACCCCCCCAAAGCGGCUCCACCAUCUCCCUCCGCGCCACAACCUCCGGCUACACAACCUCCUACCUCUCCCACAGCAGCACCUCCACGCUCAUCACACCCAUCACCUCCACCUCCAGCACCGCCCUCAAGCGGCAAUCCUCAUGGAUCGUCCACACGGGUCUCGCCAACAGCGGCUGCUACUCCUUCGAAUCCGUCGACACGGCAGGGGCUUACCUCCGCCACGUCAACUUCGUCCUUCUUGUUAAUAAUAACGAUAAUACGAAGGGCUUCCGUGAGGAUGCUACUUUUUGUCCACAGAGUGGGAUCAGUGGGACGGGUGUUAGUGUGAGGGCGUGGAAUUAUCCGACGAGGUAUUUUAGGCAUUUUGCUACGAAGGGUUACAUUGGGAGUAAUGGGGGCGUGCAUGAUUUUGAUGCGGCGGGGAGUUUUAAUGCGGAUGUUAGUUGGGCUGUUGAGAGGGGGUGGGCGUAG